ACUCCAUCUUCUGUCCCCUCCACGCCCAAAUUCUGCGGAUUUUGCAUUUCAUCGUCACACAUCUGUUUUACUUAGAUCGCAUUCAACAGUAGCAAUGUCCUCCAACACUUCAGCUUCUCCACCCCCUAUUGAGACUCUUCCUGCCUCUUCUUCCAAAACCAAGAAGACAGCAGCAAAGAAAACUGCAUCCAAGAAGGCUCCCACAAAAGCUGCUCCAAAGGUCGCCUCCCACCCUUCUUGGAAAGAUAUCAUCAAGGCGUGCAUCACUGCUCACAAGGAGGACGCUCGCAGUGGCGUAUCAAGAGCAACUAUUAAGAAGUUUGCCGAGGAAACCUACCGCCUCGAGGUAUCUGGUACAAAUUUGUACCAGCUCAACCGCGCUAUCGGAUCUGGAGUCACAGCGGGCAUCUUUGCCUUACCAAAGGGUCCUUCUGGCAAAGUCAAACUCGCACCUAAAAAGAAGGCAUCUGAUGAUGAGAAUUCAAAGCCUGUACCUGUAAAGAAGGCAGUUGUGAAGCCUGCGGCAAAGCCUGCUUCAAAGAAGGCCCCUGUUCCAGUCAAGAAGUCUGAUGCUCCAGCCAAGAAGAUUGUCACAAAGAAGCCCACCGCCGCAUCCAAGGCGAAGAAGCCUGCCUCACAGAAGACUACCCCAGCUGCCACCAAGAAAGCUGCCACCGCAGCAGCACCCAAGAAGGCUGCUCCAAAGAAGGCUACCGCCGGUGCUCCCGCCAAGAAACCCGCCGCGAAAUCAGCCGCACCUGCUAAAAAGGCAUCCAGCGCGAAGACGUCAGAGAAGAAGAAGGUUGCAGCCAAGGCUGCAGCUACCAAGGCCGCCAAGAAGCCUACCUCGAAAGCAAAGGCGACUUCAUCACGAACCAGAAAGGUGAGCUCUUGUGCUGGUCUUACUUAUCAGAAUUCAUAUCGUCGCUUCCCCAGGUUUCUGCUUAAUGAUUUCCUGUACCACAUUGUCUAGACUCGGUUUCUUUUACAUCUGGUGUGACAUUAGCGUGCUCCUGUAUUUUUGAUACCUACUUUAUUCGUGUACAACUACUAGUAUUGCAUAUCAUUUCAUUGAGACUAGCGACAACUCACUUGAGUUACAAUUUCCUUGCUGAAGCCAGACCGAAGGGGUAGUGUUCACUAGUGAUAGUUAGAUAGUAGUCGGGCUCAUAGUUGGUAUAUGCCCUCUAGUCUCCAGAUGCGAUCUGUGACCUUAGCGUGAAGAUCAAUCAAAACUGUUCAUUCGUCAA